AAUGGCUCUAUCCUCAAAACCCUUAUUCUCCGUCUCACAAUCUUCAUCCUUUCAAGUACUUUUGUCAUAGUCUUCACCAAGGCAGCAAAACUUGGGUUCACUAUGGAUCUCAUACACCGUGAUUCACCACUUUCUCCACUGUACGAUAAUUCCACAACACCAUACCAGAAAAUGCACUAUGCUCUACGUCGAUCCGCCAAGCGCUUGAACUAUUUCUCCCCAAAUAACAAUGUUUCUACAGAAACAAACCAUGAUGACGAUCCUGAAGCAGACAUUAAUGUCUCUGGAAGAGAAUACUUGAUGACAUAUUCCAUAGGCACCCCAGAAUUCCAAACUCGCGGAUUCGCUGACACAGGAAGUGACCUUGUUUGGUUACAGUGCUUGCCAUGUCAAUCAUGUUUCCCACAAGAAGCUGAUAAAUUCAAUCCCUUAAAUUCAUACACUCACAUUAACGUUUUGUGUGAUUCCCAACGAUGCGAAUCUGCAAGACGAUCGGUAAGCAAACAGUCUUGUGAUCAGUCUAAUGUUUGCAGAUACUUUGAGAAAUAUGGAGGUGGGUCAACUUCAGAGGGAAUCAUCAGCCAUGACACACUAACACUUGGAUCUACAAGUGGUGGAAAAGUGAGAUUUACAAGAUUUACAUUUGGAUGUGGGUAUAACAAUAAUGAAAAGUUUUCAAGAAAGACUUCUGGUAUUGUUGGCCUCGGACGAGGACCAUUAUCAUUAGUCUCACAAAUAAGCUCUUUCAUUGAUGGCUACUUCUCGUACUGUUUAGUUCCACCAUUUGUGGCUUCUUCUGUUAAAUUGAAAUUUGGUCAGAGUGCUUUAUUUUCUGGACCUGAUGUUGUAUCUACUCCUUUGGUCUCCAAAUGGCCACCAACUUACUAUUACUUGACCUUGGAAGCAAUGAGUGUGGCAGGCAAAAGAAUACGGAUGCCAUCAGGGACGGAGGGCAACAUAGUAAUUGACUCUGGGACAACAGUGACUUACUUGCCGCGAGAUUUUUACACUGAACUUAAAGCAGAGGUUUCAAUAGUGAUGGACCAAAGAUCAAAUCGUGCUUUUCACCCACUUGGUGACCUUUGUUAUGAGACACAAAGGAUUGAGGAUGUUGGAGCUCCCAUCAUUACUGCUCAUUUUAAAGGUGCAGAUGUACUGCUAGAUGCAAUCAACACAUUCAUUAUGGUGGAUUAUGAAGUGGCUUGCUUUUCUUUCAAAGAUACUUCAGAUAUUGCUAUUUAUGGGAAUGUGGCUCAGUUGAACUUCUUGAUUGGGCAUGACCUUCAGAAGAAUCUUGUUUCUUUCAAGCCUGCGGAUUUGGAAUCAGAAGUGGCAGAAAAUAUCCAAUUAGAUCGAACUUCAAAUCCAAGCAAUCUAAAUUUCAGUCUUUGCUAUGAAUCAGGAAGCGUUGAAACCUUCGAGUUUCCCAUUAUUACUCUUCAUUUUAAUGGCGACGCCGAUGUCGUGUUGAGUCCACAUAAUAUUUUCUUUGCGGUUACUCCAAGUGUAGUGUGCUUUGCUUUUCAAGCCAUGUCAAGUGAUGGUGCAGCACUUAUAGGGAACGUAGCUCAAAUAGACUUCUUGGUUGGCUACGAUCUUCACAAUAAUAUCAUUUUUUUUUUUGGUAAUAUUCACAAUAAUAUCAUUUCAUUCAAGCCGAUGGAUUGCUCCAACCAGCCCUAA